CAUGAGUAUCGCGAGUCGAUUAGGAUAUCACCAUGGCUUCUCCUGAAGCUUCGGCCGUCAACGCGACAGGUACCACCCUUCCAUCUCCGGUCCCAGAGGCCACCCCAUAUAAUUUCCAUUGGGAGACGCUCCUUAGGCCAGAAGUUCUUUGGUUCGAUGCUCGGGUUAUCUUCGGCGCCUUGACUGUAAUAUGGCUUGGUGCUCAUGGCUCCCUCCGCCGACCUCCCUCCGCUGCCCCACCAGAGUCCGAAGACAAGGACGAGAAGAAGAAGAAGUCAAAGGAAGACGAGCAGUUCACUGAAGGAUUGACUGCCUCUGAUGCCAUCAUGUUUCCCAUUCUGGCCGGCGCUGUUCUCAUUGGGCUCUACUAUCUGCUAGAGUGGCUUAAGGACCCCAACCUGUUGAACAAGAUACUGCGAGGUUACAUGUCUUUCGCUGGCAUCGCCGGCCUCGGCAAGCUGUCCGGGGACGCCUUAGAGAUUCUCACCAGCUUGAUUUUCCCAAAAGUAUGGUCAGAUCGCAGCAACAGACUCUACUACGUCGAUCCGAAACGCCGCUCUCAGGUACUAGUUGACCCAACGACGAACCAGGCCAUGAUCACCGACAAGAAGUCCCCUUUCCCCGGUGUGUUUUCCAUGGUUCGCCUGCCUACUGGAAUUAACAGACUUGCCUGGGAGAUUCGGCACCUCUUUACGGAGAAGUGGACAGUCCGCCUUGCUGCCCAUGGCGUCGGCUCUUUCAAGUCGCAGAUCAAGUUCAACCAUUUACUUGGAUUCUUGGUCUCAAUCGCGAUAACUACUGCCUAUCACCUUGUUCAGUGGCAUGUCCUUUCCAACAUUCUUGGGGCUGCCAUGUGCUACGCUGCUUUUGGCAUGCUCUCGCCCACGUCUUUCGGUAUAGGCACCGCUGUUCUCUGGGGUCUCUUCUUCUAUGACAUCGUCAUGGUGUUUUACACUCCAUUCAUGAUCACUGUUGCUAAAAAGGUUGACGCCCCAAUCAAGCUGGUUUUCAAGAGUUCUUCCGGCUUCAGCAUGCUGGGACUUGGAGACAUUGUUGUUCCUGGCUUGGUCAUGACACUCGCCCUUCGCUUCGACUUAUACAUGUUUUACAAGAGACAAAUCCAAUACCAGCCUAUUGGUGCGUCUUCCAGGCAGGCCUUAUCCACGGAUCAAGCAGCUACGUCCACGAAUGAAAUGCAGUUCCAACGAACCAAAGCACCAUUUGUGGAAUCCGAAGGUCAAUGGGGCAACCGCUUCUGGACUACCAAGCUGGGCAACCUGAUGCCAAACCCAGCAUGUGGCGCGGUCGGAGCUGCAACUGCUUUUCCCAAGCCCUACUUUUACGCUUCGCUAGCAGGCUAUGCCUUGGGCAUGGUUUUCACCUUGACGAUGCUCCAGGUGUUCAACCACGGACAGCCCGCGCUGUUGUACCUGGUCCCUUGCGUUACCGGGUCCGUCUGGUUGACCGGUCUGAUCCGCAGGGAACUCAAGGAUGUGUGGGGCUAUACCGAGGACGGGAGUUUGGACACGAAGGACGUCGUUGUUACGUUGGACGCUGAUGGAGAUGAGGUCAGCAAGCCAGCGAGAGACAAGGAUAAUAAAGAGGCGAAGGACGGUGGUAAGGCUCAGAAGGAGGCAGAGAAGGAGGAAGAGGAGACACCCGAGGAGUACGAUGUCGUGCUAUUCUCCAUCAAGGCUCCCAGGCCCAAGCCUCCGAAGACGGAUUAGUUAUCUGAGGUAGCCAGGACUUUGAAUCGGGUAUG